AAAUAUAUUAGCUUCAAAGUGAAACUAAACAAUGGAACCAGAUAUUAUUCGAAUGUACUCAUCGUCCCCUCCACCACUAGACAAUGGAGCUGAUGACGACGAAGAUGAAUUUGGAGAAUUUGGAGGAUUUUCUGGUGUGAGCCCUGCUGGUGUAGCUUUUGCUGAUUUUGAUACACCAGACUACAGUAAUUCAAAGGAGGAGUUUAUACCCACAAAUCAUUUUAUCCCACUUCGUGAUUAUUCUGACAAUGUAGCUAGCAUUGCUACUUUCACCCCUGUGAAAAAUGUUAAAGAUAAAGACUGCAUCGCAGAGCUUCCUAGUCUCACUAAAGAACUUUCUGAUAUGUCGACUACUAGUACCAGCAAAGAAAAAUCUAAGUUUAGAACUUCAGUUACUGCUUUUGAUAUAAGUUUAGAAGACGUAAACAAAAGAGGGGAACAAAGAAGGAACACUGGGAAAUUGGAAGGUUUUCCUUCUGGUAUCGUUAGAACUGAUACAGCAGUUGAGAGCCAGGAUGAGCAACUAGAUGCUUGUAACGGUGAGAAACUUUCAUGUCUAGAGAUUCUAACAAAUGGAUUUGCAGCAUUGGACCCUGCAAAUCCUCAGGGAGCAGAAGAUCUAGACAGCAUCAGUGACUCAAAGGGACUAAAAACUGUUAGUAUCGAUAGUACUGAGCUAAAUUUGGACUCAAUGCCUAGCUCAGGUGAAGACUUUGCUGAUUUUGCUACGUUCUCAAACAAAGAAACAAUCCACUUGGAAGAAACAGGGCCUACGAUAUGCAGUGUUAAUGAAAGAGACUCUCUAAGCAUUCAGGAAAACAACAUCAUAAACAGAGUAACUGAAAGAACUGAAAGGAUGGGAUUCACAUCUGAUAGGAACUAUGACUAUGAAAAAGAGGCUCGUAUUGAGGAAGAGAUUUGCACUUCAGAAAUGAGUUGUGAGCAGGGUCCCGCAGCACUGGAAGAUAAUGAAAUCACAAUUUCUAGUACACCUCAAGCAACUGGAACUUCAAUAUGCACUACUGAAAAUGGAGAAAACAAUGAGAGGAGAAAACAGUGUGACGUAGAGAACGGCAAAGAUUUUUCUAGGCGUGAUGACUUUUCAGAAACAGAGGACAUCAAAGUUGAUAAGAUCGAAAACCUGAGCAAUCAUCUUGCAGGAGAAAAUUUGGGUGAUUCUGAAGAUGGAAGUAGUACUGAAUGUGCAGCUUCUCGUGACACAAAUGAUGAUUUUGGUGAUUUUGGCUCAGUUAGCAGUGCUCCCCCCACUCUUAUUAGUGCUCAAGAAUCAAGAAAUGCUCUAGCAUUAGAAGGAACUUCUGAACAACCUGUGCAAGUUAGUGAACCUACUGAUGAUUUUGGUGACUUCAGGGACACAAGUACUGAUUGUCAGCAGCCAGCGAAGUUAGAUCAAGCUGAAUUAAAUCAGACUGCUGACACUUUAGAAUGUAAUGCUAGCAGUAAGAUUUCUCGCUUAGGCUUCCAGCAUGCUACUGAGGUAGAAAACAGUAAUUAUAGUGAAUUUGGAGAUUUUGAUUCAGUGCCAAAACCUCAAGAUGAGAGUGUUGCUUUUCAGGACUCUGAUGACUUUGCAGACUUUAGUUCAGCAGGUUGUAACCAGGCUACAGAUUGGAAUGCUUUUGAAGAUGAACAAAAAGACAGCUGUUCUUGGGCUGCCUUUGGAGAUGAGCAAGCUGGUGAAUCUCAUCACAGAAAAGAGACAUGGCAGUCGCAUCGGACAGAUGCAUCUAUGAGGAUUGAUGCUCCAGUAUUCCACAAGACCGACAGUUUUGCUUUAGCAUCUUCCCAAGGAGCUAUUGGUAGGCAAUCUCAAGAGCCAGCGCCUUCAGUUCAGACAACGUUGUUAAGUCGUCUGGAACGAAUAUUUGAAGUCUGUUUUCCUUCCAUGCCUGUUCCUGAAAUUGAAGAAGAAAUAAGUUCCUUGAAUCGUUUGUUGGAAACAUGUGAAAAGCAAAUGACAGCUGAGGAGACGUUGGCCGAUAGUGGGGAACUGAUGGACGUGUGGACAGAGCUGCAGGAUAUCCAUGAUGCGUAUGGACUGAGAUACCAGUGGGGUGGCUCCCACAGCAACAAAAAGCUUUUGUGCUCCUUGGGAAUCGACACAAGAAAUAUUCUCUUUACAGGCAACAAGAAACAGCCUGUUAUAGUACCCAUGUAUGCAGCAGGACUGGGCAUGUUAGAGCCUACCAAGGAACCUUUGAAACCCAUAUCUGCAGCAGAAAAAAUAGCUUCGAUAGGACAGACACCUCCUGUAUCACCAGAGAUGAACAUAUGUACGCCCGACCAGUUCCAGGAAUCUCUACCACCUGUCCAGUUUGACUGGAGUAGCAGUGGCCUUACUAACCCUUUAGAUGCUAGUGGAGGUUCCACUCUUCUGAACCUUGAUUUCUUUGGGCCCGUGGAUGACAGUAGCUCUAGCAGCACCACCACAAUCCCAGGUGUGGAUCCAGAGUUGUAUGAAUUGACAACCUCAAAACUGGAAACUUCCAAUACAAGCAACAGAGUGACGGAUGCAUUUGCAAGACUCAUGUCCACAGUAGAGAAGGCAAGCACAUCCACAAGGAAGCCUAAAAAGGAAGAACAUCUUAGUGAAGAGGCUGCCAAGGUGAUUUCUAGCCUUCCUGACUUAACUUUCAUGCAUGCCAAGGUGUUGAUGUUCCCAGCCACAUUAACACCUUCAACAAGCUGCCAAGAAAAGGUAGACUAAAGUGAUGUGAAUUGGACAUUUUCUAUUGAUUUCUUUUUUCUUCCCUCUGUGGGUCAUAAAAAGCAAUCUUGCUUUAAUCAAAAAAUAAAGUUCAGAUGAUUUGUUGGUAAGCAGCACUAGAAAGGUAUACAUAGUAAUGUAUAUUUAUUUACAUACUGGAGUCCUAAAUUUAUAUUAGAGAAAAAUGUAAAUAAUUGGGGGUGAAUCUUUUUGAAGAUCUAUUCUUUUUGUUGUGCUGGGGUGUAUACAUUUACGUCUUUGUGAAAUACACUGGUGGUGUCCUUCUUACAAAACUUUAAAAAGUUUAAAAAAAACAAAACAAAACAAAACCUAGAAAUGCAUAAUGAAAAC